CCAAUUUGGAGGCUCCCGGACCCUGCCAGCUCCUGGGCUCGCAGCGCAGGAACAACCGCAGCAUUGUUUGCUUUUAUAUAACAGCCCGAUCCCCACGAGCCCGGGGAUGCUGCCAAGGCCGUGCCUCGCACGAAAUACAGCCCCCCCCUGUGCUGCCGGGCUCCCGAAUGUGCCGGCCGUGUGCAUCCCCAGCCCCGAGCCACCGGCCAUGCCCACCCUCAGCCUUCAAGGCGGAGGCAGAGGCCAUCGAGAAGGAGCUGCUGGAGGAUUAUCGGUUUGGGCGGCAGCAGCUGAUCGAGAUCUGGGGACACGCCUGUGCCAUGGCCGUGACCAAGGCCUUCCCGCUGCCGUCCCUGCCGCGCAAGCAGCCCACGGUGCUGGUCGUUUGUGGCCCCGCACAGAAUGGGGCCAUUGGCCUGGUGUGCGCCCGGCACCUGCGGAUCUUUGACUAUGAGCCCACCAUCUUCUACCCCAAACGCUCCCCGGACCCCCUGUACCGGGAUUUCACGACACAGUGCGAGAAGAUGGACAUCCCCUUCCUCUCCUACCUCCCCACCGAGGUGCAGCUGAUCAAUGAUGCCUACAACGCCGUGGUGGACGCCGUGCUGGGAGCUGAGGCGGAGGCGACCGAGGGGAGGGAGCCCUGCGCUGCCAUCCUGGCCACCCUGAAGCUCAUCCGCAUCCCCAUCGUCAGCCUGGAUGUGCCCUCAGGUCUGGCACCAUGCUCAGCAUCCCCCCAGGCAGGAUGGAACCCCCCCAGCUCUGUGCUCACCCCAAGAUUGUCACCCAGCCCACUGUGGCAUCACCCUGGGCUCAGCGCCUGGGUGGUGGGGGAGCCCCUGCGGAGCCCUCCCAGGGUGGGGACAGCCCCGGGGACCCCCAGCUUUCCCCCCCCCCAGCCUGGCAGCAUCCCUGCCGGCAGCCCAGGCUGGCAGCCGCUCUCCACGGAUGCGUUCAGGGCAUCCACGAUAAAUAACAAACUCCUUGAACUGAGACAUGAUGUAAUUUGAAAACACCCGGGUGUCUGGUGGCCAGGCCUGGAAUUGCCAUCACACCCCCACACCGCGUGUGCCCCCCCCCCCCCGGCAGGAGCAAACAGGAGCUCUCGGCACGGCUGCUGGUGAAUCCCCACCAAGCAAAACCCCGCACAGUGCCAGGAUGCAGCUGGAGCGGUGCAAGGCAGCGAUGCUGGGGGGACACACACGCACCCCCUCCUCCCUGCGCCCUCCCCUCCUCCACCACCCCAGAGCAUUCUCCACCGGCAAACUGGUGCCCGGCAGCGCUGUGUCCCCUGGGGUGCCCUGAACCCCUCCCCGUGUCUUUUUUGCCA